AUGCGCGACCCGGUUACCGUCGCGUCGGGCCGGACCUACGAGCGCGACGAAAUCGAGCGAUGGUUUCGCGAAGGAAACCGCUAUUGUCCGGCUACCCGCUGCGCACUCGAAGACCUGCAUGUCGCCCCUAACAAAUCCCUUCGCAGCAUCAUUUCCGCCUGGUGCCUCGGACAUGGCAUUCGCCUCUCUGCUACCCCAUCCGCCGCCGCCGCCGGCGGUGGAGGUGGGCACGCGAAGGGGGGCAGCGGAGAACUUAUUCAGAAUGCCGCUGGCGGAAAGUCUGGCGGGGACGCGGGCUCCGCGCAUCCCACCAUCUCCCCGCGCGGGGUGCUGACUCCCCGCAGCGACUCCUACACUGGCCGCGGAGAGCAAGCCCCGCGCGCGGAGCGUUCCGCCUCGCGCGGCGAGUCGUAUCCCGCGCGGCCCCUGACCGGGGACAGUUACGAGGCAUCUCAAAGUCCGACGCACCGCGGCGCCGCGCACAGCCCCACUAGCUCCAUGCAGCUGAGCCCCACGCGCGCGCCGCUCAGUCCGCUGCCCGCGUAUCUCGGCGCGGGCAACGGCGCGCACGACUCGUGGAACGACUGGAACCACUACCCGGGCCGCGACGAGUGGAGCGGCCCGCAGCCGCGCCGCGUCGACUGGUCCGGGCCGCAGCCGCGCCAAGCGUCGCGGACCGGCGGGGCUGCGACAGCGGGGGGAGGCCGGACGGGGUCAGGAGGAGGAGGGGGAGCGGGAGGGGGGAAAUCGGCCGGCGGGAAAGUGGGGCCCAGCGGGCGGGGGGCUCUAGGGCCAGCGGGUGGGGGAAUUGGCGGAGCAGGUGCGCGGGCGGGGGCCCAGGGGAGCGCGGGGGGCGUCGGGGGCGGCGGAAGCAGCCAGCAGCAGCAGGUGGUGGCGGCGGCUCAGCAGCGGUUCUUCUCGGAGCGGCUCGACCGGCACCAGCUGGCGCUGCUGGCGGCCAACAGCAGCAGGAGGCCGUGUAGUGCAGGGGCGGGUGGAACAGGCUCGGGGGGUUCCGAAGCAGAUGCCGCCGCGGCUCGGGUGGACCAGGAGGAACAGGUCCGGGCCAGGCUACCGGAUCUGGUUCGGCAAAUGCUGGGCGGCAGCGCGGGCGGCAGCAACACCGGCAGCGAGGCAGCCUCAACGUUCCUAACCAUACAGCGGCGAAGGGCAGCCGAGGAGGUUCGGCACCUGGUUCGGGAUUCCCGAGGCAACCGGGCAGCCGUGGUGGCAGCAGCGGGAGGGCGAGCCAUCCCAGCCCUGCUCUCUCUCUUCUCAUGUGGCGAUCCCGAUACUGUAGAGCACGCGGUUACCGCCAUCCUCAACCUUUCCCUCUCCUCCUCCACUCACUCCCACCUCAUCACUCACGGUGCCGUCCCCCGUCUGGUAACCAUAGUGACAGCUGGAAACAGAGACACGGGAAUGAAUGCCGGGGCGGCAGACCCGGACAUGCCGCCGAGCCUCUCGCCUCGCUCCGUCUCCCGAACCGCGCGGGAGAACGCCGCUGCGGCCCUCUUUGCGAUAUCUGCCUCCUCCGAAGCGAAUAAAAUCCUCGUUGGGUCGACGCCAGGUGCCGUCACGGGAUUGGUCGCCAUGCUCGCCGUCUCCUCCUCAUCCUCCGGCUCCCCCAACUCCAUCCGCAGCCGAAAAGACGCCGCCCUGACCCUCUUCAACCUCUCAUUGGCCGAGAAAAACCGGGCAGCGAUAAUUUCCGCCGGGGCAGUGCCCCUAUUGGUGGAGAUGCUGCAGGAGUACGGGUCCGGGCUGGAGGAAAAAGCCACGGCUGUGCUGGUGAACCUGGGGAAAACCGGGCGGCUGGGGCGGGCGGCGAUCCGGGCGGCGGGCGGGAUACCGCUAUUGGUGGAGGCGAUGGAGUGUGGGUCGGAGAGGGGCAAAGAGGACGCGGUGGCGGCGCUGCUGAUGCUGGCUGAGGACCCGGCAUUGAGAGAUGAGAUCGCCGCGGAGGGGGUGCUUCCUACACUGGGUGCCUUGCAGCGGUGCGGGACGCCAAGGGCACGAGUGAAGGGGGGCAAUGGAGUGUGGCGUGGGUCGGAGGGGGGCAAUGGAGUGUGGCGUGGGUCGGAGGGGGGCAAUGGAGUGUGGCGUGGGUCGGAGGGGGGCAAGGAGGAAGCUGUAGCAGCGCUGCUGAUGCUGGCUGAGGACCCGGCAUUGAGAGAUGAGAUUGCAGCGGAGGGGGUGCUGCCACGUGGGUGUGCUGCAGCGGUGUGGGACGCCGAGAGCGAGAGUGAAGGUGAGUUGUUGCUGGGAGGAGGGAUGGGGAGGGGUAGCACGUUUGCUGGUGGAAGAUCCGCUGCUGAGGGAUGA